AGCCAUAAGCAGAUUACAUAGUUUACAUUAACAUAGAUGUGGUAAAAAGUCAACAAUCUGGAAAUGUAUGAUUACUACAUAAAAUAAUAAUACUGUGCUUUUAUUUUAAGACUGCAGGAUAACUUUUGUACUUGUUUAUUUUUUACCUUUUUGACAACACUGUUAUAAUCCCUUUUCGGCUGCGGAUUAACAUCACAAACUUAAUUUUUCCUGUUUUCCUAAUUCUUUGUGAAACUUUUCUUUUCUUUUUUUACUCCACACUUUGUGUGUUUUCAUCAAAAUGUAUUCAUUCUUAUAGUUUUGUCUUUUUUUUUUUAAAGUCCGGCAGCUGGUGGUUCUUAGACUCACUGACCGUGGGUGGAACAGCUGGAACAGCUGUGGCUACAUUAAAACCUGCAUCGCCUUUUUGUGACAGCUGCGGAUCAGCUCUCUUAGGGAUUUGUAGUUCUUUGCACCGGGAACGCAGCGGCGUGUGUCGCGCCCUAUGAGGGGGUGAAACUACAAUUCCCUCUGAACCACUCGGAGGUGUUAGUUGUCAAUAUGGCUGUUGUCAGACAGACAAAGCGGAGAGGCAAAUAAUUCGCCUCUGAUUAGAAAUCCUUGGAAAAGGGUCGCGCAGGGCACUGACAUCAAAUUGCGCUAUUUGUUCGGCUGCAAUAAACGUCUCCGCGGGCCUUUGCAUCCGUUUAGAAGUUAAAUGGUUACGUGGACGAUUUGAAGAGAGGAUUUCUUCCUGCUCUCCCCCCCUCCCCUCCCCGCAUUUCCUGUUUCCUCUCUCUCAUCCAGCAGGAUGUCUGAGUUCUGCGAGGAGCCGCGCUUUACAAUCGAGCAGAUAGAUCUGCUGCAGCGGCUGCGGCGCAGCGGCAUGACCAAGCAGGAGAUCCUGCACGCGCUCGACACUUUGGACCGGCUGGACCGGGAGCACGGCGACAAGUUCGGCCACCGCACCUCUUCUUCCUCUUCCUCCUCCUCCUAUGGAGUGGGCGUGACCAACAACUGCACCAACAACUCUGCCUCCAACACUGCUACCCCAUCGUUCAACAAUAACACCACUGCCUCUGCAACCACCACCACCUCCUCUGUUUCAUGCAAUGGCAACAACAAGGACGGCGGCGAAAGCGGCGGCGGCGAACACCCCACCGCCGCCGCCGCCUCUUCCUCCACCACAUCCAAAAUCUCCACUGCCACACAGACACAGUUUAACAGUGGCGGUGGGCUCUCGCCCUCGCUUAGCAACAGCUACGACACCUCCCCACCUCCGGGGCCACCGCCGCCAUCUGCAAUCUUGCCAUCGCCCAUGUCACUGUUGGCCCUUUCCCAGAACGGCCGCGACAGCCUUGCUGCUACGCCCAAUGGGAAGCUGUCCCCCCCUCGGUAUCCUGUGAACAGUGCAGCGGCGACGCGAGCGUUCGGGUUUGAAGGCUCGGAGGACGACAUGGACAUCGACGAUAAGGUGGAGGAGCUGAUGAGACGGGAAAGCAGUUUGGUAAAGGAGGAGAUCAAAGCUUUCCUGGGCAACAGGAGGAUUUCCCAGGCUGUGGUGGCACAAGUGACCGGCAUCAGCCAGAGCAGGAUCUCUCACUGGCUGCUGCAGCACGGGUCGGACCUCAGCGAGCAGAAGAAGCGGGCCUUUUACCGCUGGUACACGCUGGAGAAAACCACUCCAGGAGCCACUCUGAACAUGCGGCCAGCUCCUCUACCCCUGGAAGAGAUGGAGUGGAGGCAAACUCCUCCGCCCCUCACCACCACACCCGGAACCUUCCGGCUACGUCGAGGAAGCCGCUUCACUUGGAGGAAAGAGUGUCUGGCUGUGAUGGAGAGCUAUUUCAAUGACAACCAAUACCCAGAUGAGGCCAAAAGGGAGGAGAUAGCAAAUGCCUGCAAUGCUGUUAUUCAGAAACCAGGGAAGAAGCUGUCUGAUCUGGAGCGGGUCACCUCCCUAAAGGUUUACAACUGGUUCGCCAAUCGCCGCAAAGAGAUCAAGAGGCGGGCAAACAUUGAAGCCACAAUCCUGGAGAGUCAUGGCAUUGAUGUCCAGAGUCCUGGGGGGCACUCAAACAGCGACGACAUCGAUGGGAACGACUUCUCCGAGCAGGCCUGUGACCUGCCAUAUUUCGACAAGAGACCUCUGAGCCGACCUUUCAGCCUUUAUCGACUGGAGCCCACCUCGCCAACACAGGACGACAGCGCCGCACACAGCGAGCAUCAGGACCCCAUCUCUCUGGCGGUGGAGAUGGCCGCGGUUAAUCACACCAUCCUGGCGCUGUCCAGAACCGGAGGGGUCCCUAACGACAUCAAGACGGAGUCCCUGGAGGACGAGUAAAGCGGGGCAGAUGAAUGCGGGGGGGGGGGGGGGGGGGGGGGGGGGGCAGACCAGGAUUAUAGAAGAUGGUCAAAUUGCUUGGGGGGGAUGAAAGUAUUGUUACUUAGUAAACCUUGAAAUUCUGUUCCCUCUCCUGCCAGCUGCUGCUGACUUUUGCUUCUUCCAGCGUCCAUGUAAACAGUAAUUACACCUCACCCCCCCAUUUUACUCGAUAUAUUGACCCAGCUGGUGGACUCCUCCAGACUCUGAUCUCCUCUGUAAAAACCUUCCCCUUGUUCCACCAAACAGUGGCUCUUGUUUGGGAGCGCCUCUCCUCAAAGGAUACCUCUUCUCUUCCCUUCCUCCUUCAGACUGAUGGUCUGAGCCGAACCUCAGUCUCUCACCUCGACCUCAGCUAAAUGACAUGUAAAUAGUUACAGACGGGUUUCAGUCACUCACCUGGGAGCCGCCUAUCUUUUAAAAAACACCUCUUCGUUGUGCAAUUCCUCAGAAGAGCGCCCUCCAGCCUUCAUCUCGGGAACGACGGGUGGGGAGUGUCAUCCUCAAGCUGGAAGAUUCUCUCUCCACCAGAACUGUCCAGUUAUUCUCUUUGGUUUCCAUUCCUUUGGAUGAAUCAGACUGAGGAUUUUUUGCUGUCGUUGUUGUCAAGCUGCUUUUUUUUCGGAUUCAAACUCAACUAUUGACCUCCUUCCAAAACUCACCUGAAGAGAGAUGGCCUUAGCAUCACAGAUUUAUUCCUUUGUUGCAGUAAAAACAGCUAUUCCUUUGCUUUUUCUUGCACGGUUUAGCAAAAACGCACUUAAUAGAGGUUUGUUUCCAACAGCAGAUUUAGCUCUUCCUCAUUUUUACUCCAAACCGGGACUGAAUCUGAUGGUUUUUGGCCUUUUGUAUUAACCGGAGUCCACGGGGAUCGGUUUUGGGUCAAUGCAGCAAAAGAAAACAGACUUUCUAAGCUAUUUUAAAUGUCCUCCAUGCCAAAGGAAAAGAUGCUGAGAGUGCAUGGCGUUCAGUUGAAUCCAAAGCGGCGGUUCCUCGUGCUCAGAAGCCUCUGGAGACACUGUGUUUGAAACUACAGCGGGCCUGUCAGUGAAGGGAGGGAUCAGCAUGUAAUGACAGAAAAUCAUUCAAAGCUAUUUACCACUUCUGUGAUGCCGCCUCUUCUAAAGUGGCUUCAUUUAUGGGCUGUUUUUAAGGAAAUUAAAUGGAUUUGAAGAGUAAAUCCACACAGUAAGAGUUAGAAAAUAUUCCUGUAACGUUUCAUGUUCUCAAUUAUAGCCUUAAAGGUGACUAAAUAUGUUUUUGCCUCAAAAGUAUCUCUAAAACCAGUCUGCUUUUUGUCACAAUUCAAAUAUAUGACCUCCUUCCUGUGUACUUUUGAUAGAUAUCAGAAAACAAAACUAUUCGGAGCACAUACCACUCUGGAACCGAUUUGAAAUCAUAGACAAGACAAACUAAAGAUCUGUUUUAGGCUUCAAGACACAAAAUGAUAUGACUUGAUCCUACCGGCCUCUUAAAGACCCACUCCUAUCAUCUUUUAAAAGCGUUCCAAGAGGUCUUUUUAUUAUGAUUGUCAUUUUAGCCAAAAUCAGAAAUUGUUAAUUGUAAGUUCCUUUACACAUGUCCUCCAUCAGUAGAAAAAUGGCACAUGCUAAAAACCCUAUUUCCAUUGGAGUGGGUCUUUAUAGACACAGUUUUGGAGAUCCAGAGGAAGUGAAUUGUGCAUGUCAAUGCAGCCAACUUCCUGCAGCAGCCCUCAGAGGUUGACCUUCCAGACCAUGGACUCUGGUUCAGUGCACCUAGAUUUAACUGUAUUGCUUCAGUAUGUGUGAGAAGCUGCAAUAUGACUCAGAACUGGUUAAAACAAGGAAUAGGUUUAAUGUAAAAAAAAAAAAAAAAAGUAUUUAUGCUAAUUUUUUAAUGAUAAUGUACAAAAAGGAAUGACCUUUUUAAAAUAAGACGUGCUUUAUUGUUUUGUUUGUCACGCCAUCCCUAAUUUGACUGAGGCAACAGUCCCUUACUGAGGAAGUCUGCUGUUCUAUCAAAGGAGAAUGAUGAUGCACCUUAUGAAAAUGUAAGUGUCACUGCUUAAAAAGCUUGAAAUGGAACCAUUUCUCCCGGAGCCUUCCACUGAAACGGCA